CUUUUUCUCUUUUGUUUCUUAUAAUAUAUUGAUUGAAAUAUGGCGUUGCAAAGUCCUUUUAAUCUAGAGUCAACCAUUAGUGACUCGACCAAGAUUGAACCCAAUGGAUACCUCGAUGAUCAUCACAAAACACAAUCCAUGAUCUCAUUGAAUAACACAAGCACGAUUGAUGUUUAUUCAACAAUGGAAGAUGCAAAGUUAUAUGAAACUAUAAAUGAAUUAAAUGAAAAGAAACUAGUAAAAAAGCUCGACUUACGAAUAAUGCCCCUGUUUUGCCUAUUCUACUUUGCAGAUUUCUUGGAUAGAGCUAAUAUCGGAAAUGCCGCUAUCGCUGGUUUACAGGCUGAUUUAAAAAUGUCUUCAACACAGCUAAGCACAGCCAUAUCAGCAUUCUUUAUAACAUACAUCAUCUUUGAAAUACCCUCAAAUAUAAUCCUUGAAAGAACAAAUGCGGCAAAAUGGUUAUCAUUCAUUAUGUUUGUUUGGGGCCUCGCAACACUGAUGACAGCAUUUGUUAAAGACUUUACUGGGUUAUUCAUCUUGAGGCUUAUUUUAGGUGCAGCCGAAAGUGGGUAUAUUCCUGGUAUCUUAUUUUUACUUUCCAAGGUAUACAAGCCUCAGGAGUUUAGUAUUCGGGUGGGCAUACUCUUAACUAUGGCUACGCUUUCUGGUGUUGUUUCCGGGCCCUUGACUUAUCUUGUCUCUUCCUGGGAAGGCAAAAACGGACUACAUGGUUGGCAAUACUUGUUUAUCACAGAGGGAGCUCCUACAGUAUUACUUUCCAUCAUCUCUUACUUUUUUUUGUUUGAUGAUUUAAAUGAAGUUGGCUGGCUAACUAAUGAACAAAAACUGUUGCAAGAAAAGAGAAUAAUGCAACAUGUCGAUGAAACUAUUCAUUCCAACUCUAAUACAACUCUAAAGACGUUAUCAGUUGCAUUGUCUGAUUGGAAAACAUGGGCUUUUGGCAUCAUCUUCUUUCUAAAUUCAAUUAACCUCACAAGCUUAGGAGUAUUUGCGCCUGCUCUCAUUAGUGGCUUCGGAUUUGAUAUGUCCACCACGCAGCUCUUAACAGCACCACCUUGUGUGACAGCAACUAUUGGUGUUUUACUAGGCGGAUACCUGGGAGGUAAAUACAACUGUCGAUCACCCAUAUUGGCCGUGGGAUCUAUCAUUGUAGCCGCUGCCUAUCUCUGUCUCUACUUGCUUUAUGACAAAUGGGCCCUUUACUCUACCUUACUGGUUGUUCCUAUUGGGAUUGGUUUACAAGCUUCUGCCUCACUUGGAUGGUCAGCCCUAAAUUAUCCUGAUUUAACGGUUAGGGCAGUGGGAGUAGCUGCAGUGAUCAUGAUUGGUAACAUUGGUAAUAUCGUUGCAUCCUUUUUAUUCAAGUCAUCCGAUGCUCCUCGAUAUGCACCUGCAGUACUUUUUAAUCUUGUAACCGCCAUCGUGUCCGGAUGUCUGUCUGGUCUGACAGGGUUACUACUCUAUCGUAUAAACCGUCGUCUAGAUUCUGAACCGAAUGAUAAAGUAAAUAACAUUCAAAAAAAAAGAGAGAGAGAUAAUCUAACUAAUAAGCAACAUAGGACUCGUUUAGGUACUUUUACUAAUACUUUAUGCGGUCUUUAGUUUAUAAACUUUUUGCUGCUGCAUUCAUCCUAAAUAAAUCAAUAAGCCACAGCCUUAAACCAUUAUUGCUUUCCUAAAUUGGGGUCACAGGCCAAAAAAAUUCAAAGUAAGCCCGAAAAAAAAGAGAGACAGGAGAGAGAAAGAGAAAGAGAGAGAGAGGA